UAGUAUAUUCAGUUUUAUAACAAUCCGAACUUCAGAACUUCCCCUGAUCACCAAAAGGAAGCUCAUCCCCGGAGCUGCCGCCGAGACCCCUCCCUGUCCGUCCCACCCCUCACGUCCACUUCCUGUGCAGGUCCAGUUCUGGACGUUUCUCAUCCACAGAGCCCGGUGUGGCCCUUUGUAUGUCUCGAGCCUGUUCCUGUGCCUGGGUGUGUGAUGUUCCCACGUGGGGGUGCGGUGCCCUGCGUGCUCCUCCGGCGGUGGGCGCAGUGCUCCCCAUUACUGCUGAGAGCGCCGUGUUAGGUCAGGGAGGGGCGAGGGCGGGAGAGCUGGAGGGUGCCGAGGGGCCCCAAAUGCCCCCUAGCCAUUGGAGUGGCUCCCCACCGCUGGGGAGGGGGAGGACAAAGGCAGGGCGGGGCCCAGGGCUGACCACCCGCCCGUUGCCAGGACACCGGAGUGGGUGGCCUUUGUCCCUGUCAACAGUGGCCCUAGUACCUCCCUUCCCGGAGCCUUGGGAUGCAGAGGCAGACAUGCAGACCCUGAGGCGGGAGGCUGCCCGGCCCUACGUCCCCUUGGGCACCCUUGAAGUUGACUUCCCGGCCCCUCGCCACAGCGAUGACUACCUGUUCAUGGAGGGGCCUCGCUGGACACCGGCCAUCAAGCACGGGACGCGCUGGAAGUACUCGCCCAUGGGACGCGACGCCGCCGGCCAGCUGUUGUACACCGGCCUGACCAACUCGGACCCCCGCGAAGCCUGGUACAACCUGCCCCGGGCCCUGGACAGCCCCUACCGCGAGGCCUACGCCCGCUGGCACGGGUGCUUGGACCACCGCCAGCGGGGCCUGCCCCCCGGUGAGCGCCCCCUGCUCGCAGGGUCACCCCCAAGGCCAGGCUGCUCCUGGGGACAGGCCCCGCCUCCCGGCACCCAGUCACUCACAGGACAGGCCCCGCCUCCGCGAGCUGUCCCGCCCACCCUCGGGAGAGGCCCCGCCUCCCGGCACCCAGUCACUCACAGGACAGGCCCCGCCUCCGCGAGCUGUCCCGCCCACCCCGGGAGAAGCCCCGCCCACAGGGCACCCAGUCCACUCAGGGCAGGCCCCGCCUCCGCGAGCUGUCCCGCCCACCCCGGGAGAAGCCCCGCCCACAGGGCACCCAGUCCACUCAGGGCAGGCCCCGCCUCCACGCGGUGCGCCGCCCUGACCAGCCCCGCCUCCGCAGCCUACACUCAGCACGUGCGGGACAACGCGUGGUACGACCCCGUGCUCCCCGCCCAGUACAAGAGCCCGAACACCCGCUGGGGGAGCGCGCUGUGGAGGGACAGGCUCCUGCGUGGCAAAGACUAUGUUGUGAACCGGAACCGAUUCGGGGAGGAGCCGCGUGGGACGUGGGACUACGUGCCGUGCCUGUCGGCGGCCCAGCGGCCGCGCUACGCCUCGCGGGCCCCGCGGACCUGGGGCCUGGAGCCCUGCUGCGGGACGCCGCCGCCGCGGUCCCCCCAUGCGCACGCGCACGCGCCCGCGUUCCGAUAA